CUCUCUCUCUCUCUCUCCCCCUUGAGCUUCCUCCUCUCCGGGCGCCAUGGACUUCGAUGCCCUUGUGGCUCUCCCCCUCCGGGAGUCCUUCUAUUUGCUCAAGGCCCUAGAUGCCCAGGCAGCUGCCGUGGCUUUUUGGCAGCCACUGACGGCGGCCCUCGCCCGGCAGAUGGCCCAUGCCGCCGCCGCCGAUGGCCCAGUCGCCUGGCCGGAGCCGCUGUUGGCCGCCCUGCGCCUUGGCAGGCAAGUCUCUCCCACCAGCUCGGGCGCCGUGCUGGGACUCCUGUCCUCGGUGCUUGCGGAUGCCUCCGCCCGGCUGGCGGCGGCCGCAGCAGCGGCCACUAGCUCCCCCGACGACCCGGCAUAUUGCUCUUUGGCCGAUGCCGAUAUCCGACGCGCCGAGGUCAGCCGCACGGAUGAUGCCCCACCCGGACCCCUAGCCAGCGGCCCUGGCGCCCUCUUCUUUUGGCAGAUGGUCGCCAAUGCUGUGUCUGGACAGGAGGCCCCUGGUGUCCAGCUGGGUGACAUGCUUGUGGCCCAUGCGUCGGCUGGCGACUGCAAUUGGCUGGCCGAUCUGAUUGCCUCCUCGUCGGACGAGGUUUUUUCCGUGGUGGCCUAUGUUGUGCACACGUGCGCCGAAAAGUCCGGCACCUUCCUAGGUGCCUGUUCUGCCGCUCCGGCUGGGCGUGAGAUCCUCGGUGCGCUGCUCACGCGCGCUGCUCUCGCCUGGGCCAAUGAUGAUGAGGAUGGCCCGGAAAUGGCUGUCUAUCUGGUUGAAAAGGUCCUGGCCCGGCCUCCGGUCAUGGAGCAGCUGCUUUUUGGCUGUCCAGGAGCCGAUGAUGCUGGCGCCUUCUGGCCGGCCGACACGCGGCCGGCUCGUGAACGCAGUAAGGCCCUGGCCGCUUUGCUGGCGUUCGUGCGCAUCGUGCGCCUGCUGACACGCAUCGACGAGGAGGGUGCCACCCCUGGGAGUGGCCCCCUGGCGGCCAGCCCCGUGCCCGGCCAGCUCCUGGCCGCGGUCUACUCGUCGACCGUGCAUCGGUACUUCCUGGGGCCUGCCUGGCCUGCCCCGGUGGAGAUGGGUCGUGUGCCGGCCGGCGUGCCGGAUUACCUCGACGCCUCCGCCAAGUGCCAUAUCAGCAACCUGACCACCGAAAUGUUGUCCCUCGCUUUGACCGGCCUCAGCGAGUCCGAGGAGUUGGUCUCGGCGCUGUCGUUGGUCCGGUAUCUGGCCGAGCUCUUGUCCUUCAUUGCCUCGGCUGAAUUUGACGACCACCAGGCGGUUUGCUUUGACUCUCCCUCGGCCCGAGAGGAUGUCUUCUUGCCGGCAUUGCCGGCUGAGGCCAUCGCCGAGACACACUUGCGCAAGGCCUUGGUCGAUUCAUCGGCCCAUACCUAUUCCCUCUACCUUCUCUUCUGUCUACAUAGCCUGAUUCCGCUACAGCGCCACGCGGACGAUGCCAGCGCCAUGGACACUGACACCGGCAGCAACACCGCCGGUGCUGGAGCUGUUGGCGCUCUCAAGGUCCUACUUGUCCGAGUGCUGGCCAACCUGGCGGCCCCGGCUCAGAGCCAGGCAUCCGAGGCUCAGAGGCAAGCAGCAUCCAUUGUGUCGGGGACCAAUGCCGUGCCCGACUAUGCCUCCGGUGUGGCGGGCUUUGUCCAGAGGGCCGUUGGCGCCUUCCCCCGAGGGAUCCCCACCUUGCUGGAGCUCUGCCAGAGUGACGUCGCCAACCCCUACAUUCGCGAGUGGGCCCUCCUGGCUGUGCGAUUUAUCACCCUCGGCAGUAUGGCCAACCAGCAGCAGAUCAUGGAACUGGAGGCCCAGGCGGACCGCUCGGCCACCGGCAUCGGGCCCGAAGACGGUGAUGUCACCCUUGGCCCGCAGGUAAACAUUUCUGACCCUGGGGUGGCUGAUGCACUGGAGCGGGCUGGCAUGCGGGUGCGCAUUGACCCGGCUACCGGACGCUUGAAGAUCCACCGGCCAUGAUGUGUGGGUCCCUGUGGCUUUCCCUUCCCCUGUCUUGCCGACGAUUGUCCUUGCAUGUGACCGGGACAAAGGGGGCAAGCAAGCGAGCGAAAGAGGGAAGAACAUGCCGCCGUCAAACGUCAAUGGCAAUAGAAUGCAUGUUUAUUU